GAAAUGCACAAACGGCCGUUUUGUUUUUUACGUGUAUUUGACUCCCACUACCACCACAUCAACAACAACCGCACAACAUAAUUCCUUUCUGUUGUUGCUGCCUCUCACCAGAGCACCCAAGCAAAUUUCAGUGUUUUGUUUUUCGUUUUCUUUCAGCGCUCUUAUCGCUUCCCCACUCGCGCGUUCUCGUGUACUGCUGCACAGCUUCAUCUAAUCACUUUAUACCGCUUCAGCUUUCCCUAAGAAAACAGAAAUGGUGUGCUACCGCUGUGGUGGUGUCGGUCAUCAGAGCCGCGAGUGCACGGCAGCCGCGGACUCCGCUCCGUGCUUCCGCUGCGGCAAACCGGGCCACAUCGCGAAGGAGUGCCCCAGCAACAUCAGCGCGGAGGAGGCGCCGUGCUUCUACUGCCACAGGCCCGGCCACCGCGCGCGCGACUGCCCCGAGGCGCCGCCCAAGUCGGAGACGGUGAUGUGCUACAACUGCGCCCAGAAGGGCCACAUCGCGAGUGAGUGCAAGAACUCCCCGCACUGCUACCUGUGCAACGAGGACGGGCACACCGGCCGCGCCUGCCCCACCGCGCCGAAGCGCUCCGCGGCGGAUAAGAUAUGCCGGAAGUGCGGUAAGAAGGGCCACCUCCGCAAGGAUUGCCCGGAGGCCUAA